GUGGUUGCGAACGUUUGAACAGCUGACAACGGCGCAACGACGUACUGUGAUAUAUUGUGUGUUGUAACAGUGUAUUUUGAAUUGUUGUUUUCAAAUUAAAAAAAGUGAGUGCUUACCUCUGAAGACUUAUAUAAGCCGAAAUUUAGAAUCCCUAAAUAUUUUGAAUUCCUUUCAUUAAGUGCGCGCAAAAGAACCAUUAAUGUAUAACUAAGGACACUAAGUGCGGUAAUUAAAUAAUAAACAUACAUACAUACAUUGCAAAGUGCUGUUUAUUGCAAGUUAGUUUGGAAGGCGGUGAAACGACUAUUUAAAAAUAUAAAGAAUAAGUAAUCGUAGAAAAGAAUAAGUACACACAUAAAUGUAAACCCAUUAGUGCUUUUAACCAACAGUUUGCAUAAGAGUGCUCAAGUCAAAAGACUUAAGCAACAAACUUGGUCUUCAAUUUCUAGCCACUGUGUUAGCAUGAAAUCGAUAUCGACAGCUCAAUAAACAAAUGCCAAAUAGUGAAUGACGUACUGAAAGAAGAUCAUCUAGAUACGAAAAACACCAAAGUAAACAAAAACAACGGAGAGUGCACUCAAGUACAGCAGCAUUAUUACAAGCGGGCAGCAGCCACCAAAAUCAAAGUGGAAAAUACUCGAAAUCUUUGAAAACUAAAAAAAAAUCAGUAGCAAACAAAACCAGAAAUAUUAAUAUUACUCGAAACAAUAUCACUCGUGUAUCUAUAAGCAACCGAAAUGUCAACUGGCCGCUGUGAUUGUCUGGUGAGCGUACCAACCGGUCCCACAUUAGCCUCAACAUGUGGUGGCAAUGCAUUUAUGCUUUUUAUGGGUUUACUGGAGGUGUUUAUCCGAUCGCAAUGUGAUCUCGAGGAUCCAUGUGGUCGCGCCACUCCAAGGUUUCGUUCAGAGCCAGAUUACGACUAUGACUUUAUUGUGAUUGGUGGCGGCUCAGCAGGUGCUGUUGUUGCUUCUCGCCUAUCCGAGGUGCCGCAGUGGAAAGUGUUGCUCGUCGAAGCGGGCGGAGAUGAACCAGUUGGAGCACAGAUACCAUCAAUGUUUCUGAAUUUCAUUGGCAGCAGUAUUGAUUGGCGCUAUACCACCGAACCAGAAAGCAGUGCCUGCCUAGGUUCUGAAGGACGUCGUUGUACAUGGCCCCGUGGCAAGGUAUUAGGUGGUACAUCUGUACUAAAUGGCAUGAUGUAUAUACGUGGAAAUCAUGAAGAUUACGAUAAUUGGGCUGCAAUGGGAAAUCCCGGUUGGUCGUAUGAGGACGUUUUGCCAUUCUUUAUGAAAUCAGAAGACAAUUUGCAGUUAGACGAGGUGGACAAAAAUUUGCAUGCAAAGGGUGGACCGCUCCCGGUUUCACACUUCCCCUACAAUCCACCUUUGGCUUAUGCUAUUUUGAAAGGUGGUGAGGAGAUGGGCUAUGCAGUUCAGGAUUUGAACGGUCACAAUUCCACCGGUUUCAUGAUUGCUCAGAUGACUGCUCGUAAUGGUAUACGUUGGAGUUCGGCUCGUUCCUUCUUAAGACCUGCACGUAAUCGCAACAAUUUGCACAUUUUACUCAACACUACCGCAUCGAAGGUACUCUUCAAACCCGAUAGUAAAACUGUGGUUGGGGUGGAAGUAAUUGAUCAGUAUGGUAGUUCGCGUAAAAUAUUCGCUAAGAAGGAAGUGAUUGUCAGUGGUGGAGCAGUGAAUUCGCCGCAAAUUCUUUUGCUUAGCGGUAUAGGGCCAGCUGAUGAGCUCAUGAAGGUGAACGUGCGACCUGUUCAUAAUCUUCCCGGCGUCGGCAAAAAUCUACAUAAUCAUGUUGCCUAUUUCACCAACUUCUUCAUCGACGAUACAGAUACGGCACCACUAAACUGGGCGACUGCUAUGGAAUAUCUACUCUUCCGUGAUGGUCUAAUGUCUGGCACUGGUAUUUCAGAUGUCACUGCUAAAGUUCACACUCGAUACGCUGAUGAACCGAACUUGCCCGAUCUACAACUUUACUUCAGCGGUUAUACAGCUAGCUGCUCGCGGACGGGUCAAGUAGGCGAGUUGCUUUCCAACAAUAUGCGCUCAGUACAAAUAUUCCCUGCUGUGCUCCAUCCAAAGUCACGUGGGUCCAUUACACUCGCAUCUACUGAUCCUUUGGCACCGCCACGUAUUGUCGCGAAUUAUUUGACCGAUGAUCGGGAUGUGAAAACACUUAUUGAAGGUAUUAAAUUUGCUAUAAAACUAUCGCAAACAGCACCACUCAAACAGUAUGGCAUGCGAUUGGAUAAGACAAUGGCGACAGGUUGUGAAUCACUGACAUUCGGCACAGAUGCGUAUUGGGAAUGCGCCGUAAGGCAAGAUACUGGACCUGAAAAUCAUCAAGCAGGCUCUUGUAAAAUGGGUCCCAUCAGUGAUCCAAUGGCGGUGGUGGAUCAUGAAUUACGAGUACAUGGUGUGCGGGGACUGCGCGUCAUGGAUACGUCAAUAAUGCCACAAGUGACCAGUGGGAAUACGCAUGCGCCAGCGGUAAUGAUCGCCGAGAAGGGUGCAUAUAUGGUGAAGCGUGCCUGGGGUGCUAAGGUUUGACGGAUAGAUGCAACGUGGACGCUGCAUAGAGUAAUUUAAAAUAUACAUAUAUAUAUUAUAUGAUACAAAUUUAUCAUUCUUAAGAAAAUAGUUGGUAAAAAUGCAAAAAAAAAAAUGUGUGAAAAAUUCAUCAUUAAAUUAUUAUUAAAAUAUUCGUAGAAAAAAUUAUUAUUCAAGAACUUUAACCCAACAUACUCUUCUAGGCUCCAAAACAAUUCUUCAGCUAAUGAAGUAAACUAUUUUAUUUAUAUUAAUUUGCUACCUAACCUCCAAACUAUUUAGUUAUCUGCUACAACUCUUUGCCGCGCUUCAUCGUUGCCUGAUCACUUUUAUUCGUUAAGUCCCAAACAUCAGGGAAUAUUAAAUCAAUUUGUUAAAAUAUAUAUUUUUUCAGUUUCUCAGUUGAGAUUACAAUUUUUGCGUGCUUGAAUGUUGCUUAUUAUAAGCUCUGUUCGGUGAGAAGUGUCAAUAAGAUUUAGCCAGUAUCGAAAUGUCAAAAGUGCGCUCUCUCGGAGAAAAUUUUUUAGUGGUUUUUUGUGGCUUAGUAAAAUUCAGUAACAAUUGUUACUGCCUUUUUGCUCAUCGAACAGAACUAUAUAUAUGCAUAAAUAAGAAACUUUUUAACUAUUUACAUUUUUCAUUCAGAAUUGAAAAUUGUUACUGAACUGCUUUGAACUAUAUGCACUUGAAAAAAAAAAAACGAAGAUCUUAUAAUUUCUUCUUAUUAUUAUCUAAUAUAUACAAUUUUGCAGAAUUAAAUGACUAGAAAAAACAGGAAAAUCCCAAGUCAACGGAGAUCCAAACUUACCUAAAUACAUAUAGGAUUAAGUGGAACAUAUUCUGAGAAGUUGGGAUCGAAGACAAAAUUUUGAGUUUUUAACAAACCCAGUAAAUGUCAAACAAACAUAUGAGCUUGGUCAUACAAAAUAAAAUGAAAACAAUUCAAUAUAAACUCUAUAUUUCAUUUCUAGACAAUAAAUUAUAGACUCGCAAUAAUGCAAUGCUAGGAUUUUUUCGAAUUAAUUGUUUUUUGAAGCACUUCAACAACCUUUCCUUGUGAAAAUUAUAAUCGAGUUUGUUUUUAAAUAAUCAUCUUAUUUAAACUACUCAAUAUGUACAUAUAUGUAUCAAUGUAUUCCACUUUCUAAACGACAUUUCUAAAAAUGUUUGUAUGAAAACUCCUUUAUAUUUUCCUUGACACAAUAACACUAUAUGUAAAAAAAAUAGAUUAUCUAUUGUAAGUAAAUAUAUGAGAAUUAAAAAAAUAUUGAAUUAAAUAAUAUUUACGUAUGUAGAAAUGGAACAUCCGUAAAAUCGUCUCAGAUUUAAAUUAAAAGGUCGAGCUGUUUAUAUAUCGGCCUGUCUCGCAUAAUGUACUUAAUGAAUACAUAAAAUUAUGAACAUAUAAAUAA